AUGGACGUGAUUUUUGUUGGCGGCGCAAGGGCGCUAGCUGCAAGGCACUUCGUAGUUCCUGUCGGCGUGAACUCUCGUCCACACGGAAACGAUCCGGCAGAAGAAGAAGAACGAGGAGCCGCAAAAGGCGGAACGGGCGGUGUUCGUGACACGGUGGCGCCAGAGCCGUUGGUGAGGAGUAUACAGCGAUGCAUCGAGUUUGGGAAGAAUGCUGCGCACGUGGAGCGGAGCGAAGAGGCGGCAACUGGAACAACGGAUUGUGCGCGACGGCUGGCGGCGUUGCAGUCGGCACUUUCCAUCCUCUGCCACAUAGCUGCGAUGGAUAAGUCCUACUACUAUGUUUCCAGUAACCUCGCAGCAGCCCCAGCGCCAUCUGGCUCUAGAGCAGGGACCUCAAACAAACACGAGGGCCAACGCACAAGGGCGCCUUCAAGUAUAAUUUUUUCUCUCACAGACAUUUACACCACAGUACGAGCUCUAAAGUUGGAGUAUGAGGAUGCAUUGAAGCAGCAGAAGAGUGGCGGCGCGAAACUGCCGAUGGGUGUACAAUCAGUCGCAGUCUCCAUUUCGAGUACCGAGGCUCGCGUGGAUGCCUCGCUGAAUUUAUUAGAGUUCACCCUGGUGCAAAUGCUUCUUAACUUUGAUCGGGCCCGUUAUGUUUCGCCUGCGUACGUUGGUGACAUUCUACGAGCGAUGCCGCAGAUCUUUGCGACGGAGAAAAGGCCCCUCACAGUUCUGCAGAAGAACGAUAGCCAAACUGCCCCGCCGAAGCGUUUCCCUGAUACCGAGGAUGACUCUGACGAUGUGAGCCAUGCCGCAACCUCAAUUGUUUUCAAGGCAUUGCAAACUCUAAAAAGCAAAGAUUGCCUUCGAGUCUUGAGCCCCGCAAAGUCGCGCAAUGCCGCCCGGUUAGGUGCUGCCCCACUGUCCGUGUCACUUGAGGGGAUGAUGGCGGAAGCACUGAAUGGCGCAUACCGAUGGCGUGGCCUUUACGGCGCAAUGCAUGACAUGAAAGUACUUCUGUAUGGGGUGUAUGCCACAGUUCCUGCGGAGCAGGAGCAGCAUGUCAAUGCCUGUCGUCUUCAGUUUGAGCGCUCGAUACGAGAGCAGUAUGUACUUUUUUUGUACAAGACUGGGCUCUCUGCAGAGGUGGGAGGUCCGCUCUUGGUGGAGGAAACCAUGUUUGAUGUGAAUCCGCUUCCCACGGAGGCUGACGCCGCAUCGUACACUGAUACACAGUUAAAGUCGUUGAAACUGCUUACUUUGCUUCGUGAGGUGGACACCAAUAGGUGGUUUGAGUACCCAGUGUUCGACAUGGCCAACAUUGAGCUAAGCAGCAUAGAGAAAUGGGUACGAGGCUCGACAUUUGCUGUGAAAACAAACCGUGAUGCCUUUGUCGCUCUCCGUGAUGUGUUGGAGCAGAUGGUGGAUAGCUGCGUGCUUAGCUACGGGCCAACCAGUCCCUUUAGUCAGGUCAUCACGUUGAUGCGGCAGCGCUUGGUUGACGCCGCGCGUGAGGUGGAAAUGCUGUGA